AUGAACGACGCAGAUGUGUCAAAGCAGAUCCAGCAGAUGGUGCGGUUCAUCCGCCAAGAAGCCGAAGAGAAGGCCAAUGAGAUCUCCGUCUCCGCUGAAGAAGAAUUCAAUAUUGAGAAGUUGCAGCUAGUGGAAGCGGAGAAGAAAAAGAUCAGACAAGAGUACGAGCGCAAAGAUAAACAAGUUCAAGUUCGUAAAAAAAUUGAAUACUCCAUGCAGCUCAAUGCUUCUCGGAUCAAGGUUCUUCAAGCUCAGGAUGACUUGGUUAACUCAAUGAAGGAGGUUGGGUCAAAAGAGCUCUUGAAUGUGAGCCAGAAUGGCAAUAGCUAUAAACAUCUUCUGAAAGAUCUCAUCGUUCAGAGUUUGCUCAGACUGAAAGAACCAUCUGUGUUGUUGCGCUGUCGUAAAGAAGAUGUAGAUUUUGUGGAGUCUGUCUUGGACUCUGCAAAGGAGGAGUAUGCACAGAAGGCAACAGUUCAUCCUCCUGAGAUCAUAGUUGAUAGUGUCUACCUUCCACCUGCUCCAUCCCAUGCUAAUGAACAUGAUCUUUUCUGUUCCGGAGGUGUAGUAUUGGCUUCUCGAGAUGGGAAAAUUGUAUUAGAAAACACUCUUGAUGCUAGAUCCGCAAGCGGCUUUUUGGUCAGUUUGCUGCCUAAUCAUUCGAAAGAAUUGCCUAUACAACCUUUAAUGGUUCUAAAGUGGGUCAGCCCGUAG